AACCUCUUAUUUCAACAUGUAAACGGUUUUAGACCAGCUGAGUAGUUGGCUUAAUUUUUACAGCAACGAAGUUGUCCGUAACAAUUAAAAAAGUUUUGAAAGGAAAAUUAAGUCAAAGAAUAGCUGCAUGUUGUAAAGUCUUAUCUUCGGGCCUCCAAUUGCUCAAACACAUUUAUACAUGACGCAUCCAUCACGGAAAGCACUGCAACGACUGUGACGUCAAGGUCCCCCUUUUCGGUCUCCCGCCCCUACAAGCACAAGCACGCAGAAUACAUAGGGUGUACACACAGAUGCGCGUUGAAAGUUUGAUAGUGGUUUCAGUCAGCGGUAAAGCUCCAUGCACCGUUGGCCACCACUGGCGAGUUCUUCUUUUGCUUAUCCAAAUGCGUGGCGCUAUUUACAAGACAUCCGGAAUUUUCCUGGAUUAAAAAGCAUUCAAAAGAUUCAAAAGGCGAGGACUUGUAGCCGACAGCCGUCAUUAUUACUAUAGAUUUAAAAGACUGGAACGAAACCGUUCAGACGUUUUUAUUUCUUUGAGUUAUUUAUAAGACACUCUUGCAAACAUGUCUCGAGACCCAGACGAUGUGAAUAAACUGACCGAAAGUACAUAUAAGAAUGUGAUGGAGCAGUUCAACCCUGGCCUGAGGAAUCUGGUUAAUCUGGGGAAAAACUACGAGAAAUCUGUGGCAGCGAUGACUCUGGCUGGGAAGACCUACUUUGACGCUGUGUCUAAGAUAGGGGAGACUGCCGCCGUGUCUCCUGUGUCCAGAGAACUGGGUGUGGUUCUUAUGGAUAUCUCUGAGGUUCACAGGAAGGUUCACCUGGAAAUGGAGGAGAACUUCAAGAGGUUCCACAAGGAAAUCAUCGUUGAGCUGGAGAAGAAGACAGACAUGGACGUGAAGUACAUGACCGCCACCUACAAGCGGUACCAAUCAGAGCACAAGUCAAAGCAGGACUCGCUAGACCGCUCGCAGACAGACCUGAAGAAGCUUCGCAGGAAGAGCCAAGGCAAGCACGCCAGCAAGUACCAGAUCAAGGAGAACGAGUGCCUGGAGACGGUCACGACCCGUCAGAUGGACAUGCAGUCGUUCAUCGCCGACGGCUGCAAGGAGGCCCUGCUGGAGGAGAAGAGGCGCUUCUGCUUCCUGGUGGACAAGCACUGCAUGUUCUCCUACCAGACCGCCGCCUUCCACGAGAAGGCUAAGGAGAUCUUGGCGGAGAAGCUGCCCAGCUGGCAGGAGAAGUGCAGCGAUGCCACCAAGGUCCCCGACACGGUGAUGACCAUGAUCGAGGGGCUUCGCACGCCUGUCGCCACCACCCCCCAACCCUCGCCACGCCUGGAGCACUACAACAGCAACAACCUGGAGACAAUGGUCCCCCCUCCGGCUCCCCAGCUCAAGGCCCAAAUCAGCCCUCUGGCCAACAUGUUCCACCCGGACCCCCCCAGGUCCCCCAUGAGGUCCGCCUCUUACGACCAGAACACAGACCAGGGCAGCUCUGAAGACGGGGACAGCCUGUCCCGGUCGGUGUCCCUGUCGGUGUCCCUGUCGUCAGGCCUGAACCUGGGGAGGAAGUCCAAGGUGCGAACCAUCUUCCCCCACAUGGCCGGGAACAACACCACACUGCUCAGCUUCGACGAAGGUGACAUCAUCACGCUGCUCAUCCAGGAGGAGAAGGACGGCUGGCUGUACGGAGAGCUGGAGAAGACCAGACAGCGCGGCUGGUUCCCCUCAUCUUACUGCAGGCCUUACAGUGAGCCAGCGUUCUCCAACAGCAGUAGUUUGGGGACCCCAGUGCGGAGUCAGAGCGAGGGCAGUCUGCUGGAACAGGAGGAGGAGGAGAAUGUGUUGCUGCCACCUCCUGACUACAGCGAUGACACGCAGGGCAGCCUCAGCAUCCCCUCCUCACCCUCGCCUGACAACACGAUGAUCCUACCCAAUGGGAUAGGGAAGGCUCCCUUUCUGGGAGGCGGGAACCCGUUUGCCACAGUCAGGCUGAGGCCCACCGUCACCAACGACAGAUCAGCACCCAUCGUCUGAUCAGAUGAUGACGAAGAUAAACACACCAAACUCUCCUUAAGCCCCCCAUCUCAACCAAUGUCCUGCUAGCCUUGCAUGCCAGCCUGUUCCAGCACGAACCAUCCACGUCACUCUCUGGUUGUCAAAAGAAAACAAUUGGUGAAUUGACUGAUCCAAACUAAUUCCUGAAGUCAUGGACUCAUGAUGAUGAUGAUUAUUAAGUGACUGGGGUGGUGGUGGUAUGAUUAGUGCUGGAGCAGACUAGCAUCCAGACUACCUUCCUGACUCGACAGCGAUGACGAUUGUUUGCCUGUUUGUUCGUUCUGUCCAGAUAUAUAUAUAUAUAUAGAUAUAUACAGUGUACGCUAGUUGUGGGAAUGAAGGGAGAGAGACAUGUUUGGUUUAAAUGGACUGUUUGAGGAGCCAUACUGGGUGGCUGUAGUCCAGUCUACAUUGUCAUGACAGUUUUUUGAUAGGGACAUUAUUUAUAUAUAUUUUAAGAUGAUUCCUUGAGGUUUUAAAACAAAACAUGACAUACACACUCACACACAUACACACAAAUGUGUAAUGAGAGUUAAAUCGAAGACUAGACAUGGAUAGUCAUUUGUAUGUUGUGUUUUAAUUUCAUUUGCCAUAAACUUUUAGAUGAGUUACAGGUGCCAUGGAUGGGCGAAGCAUUGACCGAUUACUACAAGCUCUAAAUAUGUAAUGACUUCUGGAUGUUUUUACAAUUGUGAAAGUGGGGUGUCAUUUUAUUCCUCUGCUAAGCUUCCUAUGCUAAGCUUAACUGCUUGUGUAUUAACUGUUGAAAAUCACAAAUGUCCCUUACUACUGGUAGAUACUGUAAUGUACAGUACGAAAUAUAGGUAUUAUUUGUCUUCAUUUAAGCUACAUUAAGAAAAUGUAUCACACACAGUCGAAAAGGACAUAAAGGAAACAGAGAACUGUGUAUCUGUUCACUUACUGUCGUGUGUUGUCACGGAGUCCAAAUGUACCAACAUUGCCAUGGUGAGGUUUCACAUGCCCUCAAGUGUGCACACAUUUUAAACUGUUGGGGGAAAUAGCUGUGAUCCAUUUCCUUUUCCUUUCCUUUCCUCACAGUAAAAUUAUGUUUCACCACACAGUU